CCUUGACCCCGAAGUGCUGGUACACCUCCUCCCACAUCACCCUUGUGUCUUGUGUGGCUGCAAGCUGCUUUUUACAUAAACAUCACGAAUUCAAAUAUGAAAUAUUUUCUUUUAACUGUUGUUCUCUCAGGAAGGAUCAUCCGUGAAUAAUCUGCUUCACCUUUGUAUGUUGGUGAUGUGACCCUCUCUCACAUUAUGAGAGCAGCCACUCAUGUGAUCAUGACAGUCCACACCAUCCUGAUCCUGCUGCCCAUCCUGGGGUUCCACGUGCUUCCCUGUGUAUCUGCCCAUUUGGAGAACAGCCUCAGGAUAGUGGCUAAUAUAACUGUGGAAGACCCAGGGGAAUGUGAUGUGAAAUUGUGUCCUCCUGAUGAAUCCUGUACAAAAGCCCUCCUUCAUGAAGGAAGAUGUUUUCUGUUUAGUUGUCUGCCUAUUGCCCAGAACUCCUCUUGUGAAAAUAUCACAAUAAUACAGGAACUACUUACAAAUCAAGAGUUCGUCUAUGUAGACAGUAAUCAGCCUUCUCUAAAUGGCUCUUUUACUAAUACCACAGAACAAUCAACACCUACAGCUAACAUCUCGGCCUCCAGCACUUCCGCACUCACAAAUCUGCCUAGUAUACAAAACCAGUCAACUACUAUUGUGACCAUCAAAUUGCAGACAACCGCAUCAGACCAAGCUUUUACUGAACCAGCAGAUUCUCCAGCAUUCGCCAUACCUGCUACCAUUCCAACAAGAACAGCCACAACAACUACAAACGCAACAAAAACCUCCACGACAACAAAACCACCCACAACAACAACUAAACCCUCUAUAACAUCUAACAUAACCACUACUCCAACAGUUGCACAAACUCCAAAACAGCUUCCUUUACCAUCAGGGACCAAAACAUCCGCCAGCGUCUCACCAUUAGUGCCUACAAUACCUCCAUCUGCCACUUCCACAAAACUACCCCAACUGCCUCCUGUUCCAACAUCCUCAGAAGAUAAGCCAUUGCCAGCCACGCCAACAACCUCAACGAGCCCCACAGUAGUGGCAUCCACACUGCCUAAGGACAUUCCCAAAGGGGACCAAGAUAGAACUGACAAAGCCAUAGUAGAAGUGGCUGGAGACCUUCUGACCAGUCACCUGUUUAACACCAGCUCUCUGCUGGCUGUUCUACUUUUCGGCGUCAUUUUAUUUGUGGUCACGGUCGCACUGUUUCUCAAACAAAAAUAUGAUAGUUACAGGCGAAAAGACUACACUCAGGUAGACUAUCUCAUCAAUGGAAUGUACUCCGAUUCAGGGGUCUGACGAGGUGGUUUGUUUCAUUAUCAAAUAUUUUUUGUUUUCAGGAUUUUGUAGCACCUUUUGGUUUGAGGCCCACAGACUUUAGUCAGGGUAGACACCAUAUUUAAUUUGACACAAAUGAAAUUGAGGCUCUAUGGGACAUAUGUACAGUCCAUAUAAUGGUUUGUACUGUUGGACAUAUAAUUUUCACAACUCAUGUUCACCCGAUGGUGUAUUUUCAGUGUUGCGUUGGUUGAAUGUUGGACACCAAGUUACACAACAAUACAAACCAUUGAACUGACUGUAUCUAUCUGUCACAGCCUCCUUUUCAGUUUUGGUAAAUUAAUUAUGGGGAUACCUUGACUAAUGCCCAUUGUAAUGCUGAAAAUUAGUAGCACUCUCUCAAAUUUCAAACGCUUUAAAAGCCCUGUACCACCUCAUUAUUGAACUCAAGCUGGUGCUCAAAUAAAAAAUUUGAGUACAAUGGUGUGACAUAUUGGUAUCUUUUAUUUCUAUGCAGAUUAAGCUUCCAUGUAAUUUCUUGGCACGUGGGACUAAAGCCUUAGUAUAAACCUAGCCCAUAUCCUUCGUUCAACAAAUGUCAUUACGAGGGAUUCAUAGUGCAAUAUUUGGAAACCUUUGUCUUGGUCUAAUGUUAUGUUCAGUGUUUCAUCUGCAGCUAAUGAGUUUGGCUGCAAUUAUUGCCUUUAUGUUUGUCAGAACAGUUCAGGAACAUUUGAAGAAUUGUUAAUGAAUUAAUGCCUUUGUAUUGUUUUGUGUGAAGAUUGAGAAUAUUUGCCAAACCAGGAAUUGUGGCACAGAAGGCGAUGACUGUCAAGCUAAGGGAAUAACCCAGCCAAUGUGUAUUUAGUGUCAGGAACAAAGAAAAGAUUAUGAUAUUAGUGUUUGAGAUCAAAGGAAGGGAAGGGGGUAUGAUAGUUUGAUAUGUGCCAAAUUGUUUUUGUAAGUCUUAAUAGAUGCACUGUAUAAAAAAUAAAGAUGUAUACAAAUAAUAAAAACAUACUUU